AUGCCUCUUUUCUCGAAGAACCACCACACAACGACCACUGGCACGCACGGCGCUGGCCACUACGACCAGUACGGGACCGGGACGACGGGCACGCAUCACGGUGUCGGAACCGGCCCUACGCACCAUGGCGCGGGGACGACUGGCACGCACCACUACGGCACUGAAGACGCCUACGAGGGCAUGGGCGGUCACACUGCUCCCCACGGCAGCGAGUACGCAGCUGAGCCCUAUGGCAACAACUCUGACAGGGAGGGACGCACGCUGAAGGAGCUGGGCGAGGCGGACCGAAUGGAGGAGGAGGCGAAUAUCCGUCGUCAGCGCGCGCUGGCUCAUGGGACUGCACCUGGUGCUGGGAGGACGGAUACGGUGUUCCUUGAGCGUUUAUCUACGUGUACAGUCACGCCGUUGUUGAGUCUUGAGACCAAGUAUACGGUUUGGCAGGGAAGUCCCGCGCUGAGUUACUUCCUACAUAGUCUGCAAGACGUUGACAUACAGACUUCAAUGUACAUCGAUGGGCGCCUGUCAGUCUUUGGCCAUGUACAAUCUAUCUCUGGCCUUUUGCCCAUCGCGACCCUCGCGCCCUUCACGAAAACAGGAAAUCCUGACUCUGAACAGGGUCAGUACUUCAUCUGGAUUGGUAUCUUCAUUAUCACCGAGCUUUAA